CCGCCCCUUCGCGGUGUAUUCUGGGGAAUGUGGUUUGGUUCACACCCACCCUCUCCACCCCGCUGACGGGCGUCGGUGAUCUCCCGGCUGGCUGAGCCACAAACGAGAAAUUGUAGCCGUGGAAGGAAGCGUCGGUUUAGUUCUGACCCCCAAGGUCUAGGCUUGGGCCCUCGGAGGGUGCGUUCUGGAGAGGCCCAGCUGCUGGCAGGGCUGCUUUUCCUGAACACGGUGCAAACACGUGAAGGUAGUUGGAGUCCCCUAGCAAUGGAUAAAUUCGUCCUCCGAACACCCAGAAUCCAGAAUAGUCCUCAGAAGAAAGCUCCUGGAGGAAAGAUUUACAAGCAGGCCACGAUUGAAUCUCUGAAGAGAGUUGUGGUUAUAGAAGACAUAAAAAGAUGGAAAACUAUGUUGGAGCUUCCUAAUCAAACCAAAGAGAAUCUAGUUGAAGCCUUACAAGAAUUAAAGAAGAAAAUACCCUCCAAGGAAGUGUUAAAAUCAACAAGGAUAGGUCACACUGUGAACAAGAUGCGUCAACACUCAGAUUCAGAAGUGGCUUGUCUUGCCAGAGAAGUUUACACUGAGUGGAGAACUUUCAUUGAAAAACACGUGGAUAGACCUUCUAUAGAAGUCCGAAGUGAUUCCAAAACCGAGACAUUUAGGAAAAACGCCCAGAAAUUACUCUCGGAAGCCUUGGAAUUGGAGAUGGAUCACCUACUGGUUGAAAAUAUUGAACGGGAAACGUUUCAUCUCUGCUCCCGCCUCAUUAAUGGGCCAUACCGGCGGACAGUGAGAGCCCUGGUCUUCACAUUAAAGCAUCGAGCUGAAAUCCGGGCUCAGGUGAAGAACGGCACGCUGCCAGUCGGCACGUUUGUACAGACCCACAAAAAGUGACCUGAGGAUGGUUCCAACCCUGGGCUGGGCAGAAAGGAAAAUGGGCCUUUCUCUGCCAUUCAAAGACUCUUUUGAGUUUGGGCGAUGGCUGAUGCUGGCGGUGCUGAAUUUUCCCAUGGUGCCAUUCCUUCAGACAGAGGAUACAGAGAGCCCCGGGAGACAGACCUGCAGGAAAUGCUUCAUUAGCUGGAGUGCGCUGGCGCUGCCUAACAGGAUGUGCGCUUGCUGUCGCUAGGAAGCGCAGUACGGUUGCCAUCACCCAACACAGUGAAAGGGUGACGGAUUCCACUGUGAAUGUGCCAGGGACACCUCUAAACUUCCCCCGUGUCAGGCAGAUGAAGUUACUACUUUAUUUUGCCACCCUGCAGGUAACUGAAACUCAAUUACCGCAGCUGCUCACUCGGUUCCAUCCCCCUGAGUUUAGAUAGCUCCAGUGCCUCUCAGAACUCCCCUGUCUGUUCUCUUUGCUCUACCCCAGGGGUGAGCCUGCCGGAGCCCGCCAACUACCCCUUCUUCCCAGAACUCACUUAUCUGAACGUUUCAGCUCUCCCUGGAAGACCUUCUGCGUUGGUCUCCAGAGCCCCCAUGCUGAGGCUUCUAAUGAGGAACUGGCCUGAAGCAUCCCCACACCUUGGGGUUUAUUUGAAUAUGUUGGCUCUCUCGGUUUAGGGCUCUGUAGAAGAUACAUAAUGAAAUUGCUCUUGAAAUGAAUUAUUGUAGGAGAAAAAUUAUAUACAUAUGUAUUUUC